AUGUCUUCACACAAGAACGUCCUCCUGGUUAUAGCCGACGACCUUGGCCGAUCUCUCGGCUGUUACGGCGACAAGAACAUAAAGACGCCCAGUAUAGACUCGUUCGCUCGCAGGAGUACCGUCUUCGAUAAUGCCUUCGCAAGCACCGCAUCCUGCAGCGGGAGUCGGUCUGUUCUCUACACGGGCCUCCAUACUCAUGAAAAUGGCCAGUACGGGCUGAACCACUACACUCACCACUUUAUGACAUUCGAUCAUAUCCAAACUGCCCCUGGCCUGCUACGGCAGUUUGGAUACCUCACUGGAAUCAUAGGGAAGAUCCACGUGGGACCCCUGUCGGUGUAUCCAUGGGAGGAGGUUGUGGAAAGCCCUACCCGGGACGUCAGAUGGGUUGCCCAACAAGCGUCGUCUUUCUUCCAAAAAGCCAGAGAGGACAAACGACCAUUCUUCCUGACUGUUGGGUAUAUGGACCCUCAUCGAGACCACACUCGUGGCGGGUUUGGGAACGGUGACGCCGCGGUCUCGUCAGAGGAUACGGCCUACAGCCCGGAGGAUAUCGCUGUCCCCAGCUUCCUGAGCGAUACCCCCGAGGUGCGUCAGGAACUGGCAGAGUACUAUCGGGCCAUCGGUCGCGUGGAUCGCGGAUUUGGCCUUAUUUUAGACUCGCUGAACGAGCAUGGCUAUGGAAAUGAUACACUGGUUAUCUUCCUGAGCGACAACGGGCCGCCGUUCUUGAACUCCAAGACGACGCUGUAUGAUGCAGGUGUCCGACUUCCCCUGAUAAUCCACCAGCCAGGGGCGUCAUCAAGGGCAUCUUCCCAAGGGGUGCUGAAUCCAAACAUGGUAUCCUUCACUGAUAUCCUACCGACAGUCCUGGACUGGGCGGGAUAUAAGGAGGAAGAACAACAGAAUCGUCAGCCUAAGCGACGAGGCCGCUCUCUGCUACCUGUAUUAGCGCAGUCAGAAGUGGAAGAGACCUGGGAACAGCAUGCCUUUGGCUCCCAUACCUUCCACGAGGUCACCAACUACUACCCGACACGGUUUCUACGAACAAGGCGAUACAAGUACCACCGGAACAUCGCAUGGAAGCUGGAUUUCCUUUUUUCGACAGACCUCUAUGCCUCGCUCUCAUGGGAGGGUAUUCGGAAUUCUUCGACAGGGCCCGUCAAGAUAGGCGAGCGGUCUCUGAAAGCCUAUAUUCAACGCCCGCCAGAGGAGCUGUACGACCUCCAGAAUGAUCCUACGGAAACGGUCAAUCUUGCUUCAGAUCCGGCACAUCAAGAGCUCCUCGUCAGUCUGCGAGGGAAACUAGAGACAUGGCAGCGAGAAACGAACGAUCCCUGGCUGUUUCGGGAUGGAGUCUCGCUGUUGGAAAUGCAGGGCCAUCUGGACGCUGGGUUGGUGGUUCCAGAUCGAUUUGAUUUCGAUGUGUCUGCGCCAGGAUCGAGGUCUUGA